CUUUAAGGCGAUGCCACGCGAAUAUUGGGCGUUUUAAAGAAGCGCAGAAUUAGUUUUAAUCGUACUUUUCCUAUAACUUAUGUUCUUAUUUUGAAAUAUGUCAUAGUUGACAAAUAAAUCUAGUAUGUGGCUAAAGCCGAAACAUGAAUGGAAACAAUUUUCUCGAUAGAAAAAAAAUCUAAAGAUUACCCUUCAAUUACUCGGUUUUUUAUUUUAUAAGCAGAUAGGCUAAUAUUUAAAUACCAAAUUUUGUAUAUUGGUAAGGUAAAAACCUAUUCUAUACACUGGCCAAUUUAUUUUCUUUAUAUAGAGUUUGGUUUUUCAAUAAAUACAUGAUUUCCGAUUUGUCGCUUACGUUGUUUUAUUCCGCGCCCCGCGCGCUAUUGUUGUCUCUUUCCUCGCACGGAGAAGUCAUAUGUCUAUCGCUCUACGUUCGGGGCAUUCAGUCGGCCGAAAUCUUGACUGACGACGGAUGUGCGCUCGCUGGCACUGGACACGGAUAGUAUCGUCGAUCGCGUACCUAUUUGCUGCAGCAUUCUUAUUUUCAUGAAAACCGUUAGUUGUGUCGUGGAUAAUUAAUUAUACCUACUUAUUUACCCUGUUACUACAACCAUAUAGUGUAAAUUGUUUAAAAGAUGGCCAAUAAACAAAAAGCAAAAGUGACUAAACGAGAAAGUUUAAAACGCAAAAGGGAAGUAGCCAGUGAUAUAAGAUUAAAGAAAAAGAUUAAAAUAGAUUUAUUAAACAAGACCAACAAUGAUGUCAAUUUGAUUAUUAGUAAACAUGUAACAACAGAACAAAAAAAAGUGGAGUUGCAUGAUAUUGACAUUGAUAAUAUGACAAGUGGUAUGAAUGAUGCUGAAAUAAAAUUACAAACUUUGAAAGUUGCUGUUUUGCCGCCGCCCACAGUGCCUCUAAGGGUAUACUCCAACUUGCCUUUAACCCUACCCUCGGACCUAAAAGAAAAAGAAAUAAGCCUUACUGAAUACCGGCCCAUGGAGUCGACUGCAAGUGAAAAAACAUCUGAAGAAUCUCCUAUUUCUCCAUUGCAAAAUUUUGUAAACUUUGAAUUGAGAGGACAUCGAGUUAUCGAAAUUAAUCAUUUUUUCGAGCAAUUAAUUAAAAUUUCAGGUCAUGAGUCUUUAUUUCAAUGUGGCCUGCACUCAAUGGAAAUUAAAUCAGAAAAAAACAACAGCUUUAUAUCCCAGUUUCUUAUUCAGUGCAAAAUGUGCAAACAACAGUUUAAAAUAGAAUCCUCGAACCUUCAACUCAACAAAUUAGCUGUGGAAGGGGUAAUAGCUGCAGGCUGCGGUCAUGCUCAAUUAAAGCAAAUUUCAGCAUCACUCGAUAUACCGAUAAUGUCCGAACAUACUUAUAAAAUAAAUCAAGAUGAAGUAUUUGACGAAUGGGAGGUCACAGCAUGGGAGUCGAUGAAAUUAGCAGGGGAACGGGAGAGAGAAGCGGCCUUAAAAGAAAAUAGAAUAGAUAAAAACGGCAUCCCGAUUAUAGACGUCAUACUAGACGGUUGUUGGUGUAAAAGAUCGUACAGAACCAAUUAUUCUGCUUUGUCUGGUGCAGCUGCCAUCAUAGGACGGCGGUUUGGCCAAGUACUAUUCAUGGCCGUGAAAAAUAAAUAUUGUUGCAUUUGUGCAAGGGCUGAAAAACUCAAUGAAGUGGUCAAGCAGCAUGAAUGUUUUAAAAACUUUGAUGGGCCUUCCACUGCCAUGGAAAGCACAAUUAUUGCUGAAGGAUUUAAAAAAUCUGUCGAAAUCCAUGGGUUAAUUUAUUCUAGGUUUAUAGCUGACGGGGAUAGUAGCACAUACUCAAGGAUCUUAGCAACCAGACCCUACACCAUAGUCACAGUUGAGAAGAUAGGCUGUAAGAACCAGCGCCAGCGCUGGUAGGGCAAAAAAAGAAUGAGACAUGUAUAGGCUCCUUAAGAGCAUUUGACGAUUUGCAAGAACUAAUUUAAUUAGUCUAAACAAAUAAAGAUAAUUUUGAUUUUGAUUUUGAACCACAUAUUGAGAAAUUUUGAAACAAAUUACAGCAGUUAAUAACAGACACAAAGUAUGCCAUAAAAGACAGACAUUUACUUACUAAUUCAAAGAUUAUGUUUUUUAUCUUUCUUCCAGAAAUGCAUUUUAUUAUUAUUUAUUGCAUCGUCUAUUCCACUUUUAAAUGCUGCCACGGGACAUUUUAUUUCUAUAAUUAUGUCAUCUGUAACUCCAUCUGGGGUUGCCCCUAAAAAUUGAUGCUGAUCAUCAAUGAAAAGUCCACAUGGUUGAAUAUUAAUAUUUUGGAGUUUUGAAAGUUGGUCCAGAGCAACACUUUCAUAUUUUUUCCCGUGAUAUACAGGGUGUUAGGUAAAUGGGUAUAUAAGCCGACACUAGCCCAUGUUAAC